AGUUAAGUACUCAGAAUAUAGUUACACAGAUUACUAGCAGCUGCUCAAAGCACCAAAAAGGCCACCAUGAAGGCAGCGAUCAAGGACAAGUUUCUGGACUACGGUCUGGAUGACCUAGUCCUUCCGGAGUGGGGCUAUCCGAAAAAAGGCAAGGUCCGCGACAUCUAUUUUCGUGACGGCAACGUUGUCAUGGUUACGAACGAUCGCGUGAGUGCAUUCGACUUCGUUUUGCCGAACUUGAUUCCGUUUAAGGGACAGGUAAUUCAAUCAUUCUCAUGGUUCGUUGUGGGAUUCAGCAUUCGGUUAUUUGUUAAUCACUCAGGAGGUACAACGAUCAUCAAAAUCUGUGGUAUAACCAUUCGCGUAUCGUUCCACCUUCACAUGGUCUGCCCCCUCCCAGGUAUUAAACCGCAUCUCAGAAUGGGCCUUUGAAGAGACUGCGGACAUUGUCCCGAACGCGCUUGUGAGCUCCCCAGAUCCGUCUGUGGUGGUGCAGAAGAAAAUGAAGAACCUCAACGUUGAGUGCAUUGUUCGUGGCUAUCUUUGGGGCAGUAUGGCCAAGGCGUAUGAAGAAGGGGAUCGAGUCUUCUGCGGACUCAAUGUUCCUGAUGGUUUGUUACGGUAUCAAAAGCUCGCGGAACCGAUCUUUACGCCGACUACGAAAGUCGAAGUUGGACAUGACGAAAACAUGACUUUUGCUGUUAAGACUCGAGUGAUUGUGAGUUUAUAGUGCUGGCUUUCAAUGGUAAAAACCAAAUUAUAUCAACCCAUGGAGUGAGUGUUCAAAAAUACUCUGCUUCUAUUAUAAAAAGUUCAAGUUGGCCUUGGCUUUCAUAGUACUCGUACAGGUAGGUUUCAAGCAGACUUACUAGAAGCUAGACUUGUUCUUGUCCUUCGACAUAUUCUUUCUAAUCCCAAGGUCGAGCAGCUGAUCGGCAAGGAGAUGGCAGCCAAAGUGCGCGAUAUUUCCUUCAAACUCUUCGCUCGAGGCCAAGAAUUGAUGGCGAAGCGAGGUUUGCUGCUUUUAGACACCAAAUAUGAAUUUGGGCUUGACGCAAACGGUGUUUUGCUUAUGGCCCCCGGAAAUCCAUCUUCAGAAGCAUCUUCGAACACUUUCUAAGCGAAAAAGAGACCCAAGAUGAUGACUCUUAAGAUGGAUUCCAGGCAGAUCUAAUUUGCACGUCAUUGACGAAGUAAACACACCAGAUUCGAGUCGAAUGUGCAGCAUAGAGGAAUACGAAAAGAAGUGGCCACUGAUCAUUAUGGCUAGGAAUAUGUUAUACGUACUUGUGUCUCUGCAGUUUGCGUGAUUUUGAAUUAGAACUCUGAAAAACUCAUACGGAUUUAGACGUAGGAAGUUUGAACCAGAAGUAUCGCUAAACUUGCAUAGCCCGCAACAAACCUCUAAGCACAAAGCCGCCGUCGCAGAAAGCCCCUUAUCCUCCGUCAACGACUGUCUCAAGAGCGACCCGAAGCUGAAAAUCAAGGAAUACAGCAAGCAAUAUGUACGGGACACACUCUUGGAGAUGGGCUUUGAUCCGUCGACGGCUAAGGAAGCCAUCACUCUGUCUCCGGAGCAGGUUUUGGAAUGCAGUGCGAGGUAUGUGGAGGUACAACGACUACAUCUAAGUAUAAGUACUUCUUUGCGGCGUUUUUAUGCUAUAAUGAAGUGCAACAUCCGACGUCUCGCUUUUUGAGCUUAUGCUCCUUUUCAUCUACGCAUGAGGUAAGGUGUUCCGGGCGAUCUUCAUCAUAUCCUCUCCUCCUCUCCUCGCUCUGUGCAUCUAGGUCUGCGAGAAGAUUACAGGGGAGCCUUUCCAACUCCCCACUACAUCUGGGGAUCCGAAAUUGCGCUUGUUGCGCAAUCUAGAGGCUGCAUCUAUGAUUAGCAGUGGUCUUGUCUGCAUCUUUGCUGGUUCCGAUUCGGACGCGCCUCAUAUCGAGAAAUUGAAAGAGCAAUUUUCGAAGACGAAUGCUGGACUCGCGAGAAUAGCUGGGUGCACAGCAAAGAUUGGGACGCAGGUAUACUUAUAUAUAAAAACUUAGACAACUCUGAGGAAUACUCCUUUCACUUCAAUUCGCCAAGACCGGCGCGAACUUAUGACUGUGAGGAGUGGUUUCACUUCAGCGAGGAACGAAGGAAUCAUCUCGAAGGAAGCCGGUGUAGGUACAAUUGAUCUCCACUUUCUUCAUGUUGGCACAAUAGGUCUCAAUCUUGGAACCACAAAAUGAAAAAGGUCCGCAUUUGUUCUGCGCAUAAGCAACCGAAGCGUCUUCAAGGUGUCCUCAAGUACUACAAUACUUCCGACCAGCCGAUUGUGAUCAUCGCUUGUGCAGGAGGCACCGACGCCUUGUCGGGAACGGCAUCUUUUUUGUCGACGCAUCCAGUGGUUUCCUGUCCGCCGGAUGGUCUCGAGAAUAAAACAUGCACUAUAAACCCACCAGGAAGCUCGAAUGCUUUUUUAAGGCCAGCCUUUAUUGUUUCAGUUUGUAGCAACAUUCAUUCAUGAAAAUGAAUCACAACUAUAACAAUUAAAUCAUUCAACAAGUAUACUAUAAGUAGGCGCUCCAAGCACUAAGUAAAACAACCGGUUAGUUUUCACCUUGAUCACAAUCGUAGACUUAUCCCGUGCAACAAUAUAAGUAGGAUCCGAAGCUGAAAAGUAUUCAUUAGUAUGCCUCGACAAUAUUAGACUUAUCCCGUGCAACAAACUAUAAGUAGGAUCCUCACGACCCUGUAUCUAAUCUUAAGUAGGAUCCUCACGACCCUCUAAUCUCUGUCGGAAAAGUCGGAAAUUGUGCACGCUUCUGCACUCAGUUAUUAGCGGGAAAGCAGCCGGCAAUUGCUUCUUACUUGGAUGCUGAGAACAAGAAAAAAGUCGCCAGUCUAGAAUCUGCGGACUCGAAGUUGUGUCCCGUGUUUUACGCUGACGCCGCAGCAGCUGGCGGUUCAGGAGGACCUGCUCCAGCACCAGGAGCUGACGACACUAAGAUUAAGGCUUCCAGAAGGUCAUCUUCAAACAUGUCCUAAGAUUAUGGCUUCUCAAAGGGAAAACGAAGGCAAGAAGGUGCUCCGUAAGUUGUCUAAUGGAUAAUUGUUAAUAAUACAUAGUUCUAAUAAGUAGAAGGACACCAAACCAAUCGCCUUCCCCGCCAGUGCAGUCGAGUCGGGCGCAGGAGGCGAAGGUUCUACCACCGCUUCGGAAUGCGAACCCGCAGCCAGAAAGUCUGGAUCAUGCCCUAUGGAUUUCGGUCCUGCCCCACGAACGCCAGAAGAAGCUAAAGCAUGCGAGUACAAGAAGAAGAUUGCUCAUCAAUUUCUCAACAAAGUCGAGACGGACGCUGUCUUCCUGCCAGAAUGGGGCGAGGCAAAGAAAGGCAAAGUCCGCGACAUCUACUUUCGAGAUGACAACGUUAUCAUGGUGACAAACGACCGUGUCAGUGCCUUCGACGUUGUUUUGCCGAACUUGAUCCCGUUCAAGGGUUUCGUCCUCAACGCUAUCAGUGAGUGGGCAUUUGAGCAGACGAAGGAUAUCGUGCCGAACGCAUUGGUUACGUCUCCUGAUCCCUCCGUGGUGGUCCAGAAGAAGAUGAAAAAUCUUAAUAUCGAAUGCAUUGUGCGGGGAUAUUUGUGUUAAGGCAUCGCGUUUUAUAAUAUAAGAAAGGGUGGAUUACCAUUACGUCUUCCCAUUACGGCCACUAGUGAUGCUAAUACUUUGUCUACUCAUGGCACCACUCACUAGAUCAUGAAUUCGCACCACCGUGGUCACUUUCUAAUUCUAGGGCAGCAUGGCGAAGGCGUACGAAAAGGGUGACCGGCUUUUCUGCGGAUUGAAAAUACCCGAUGGUUUAUUGCGGUACCAGAAACUGGCAGAACCGAUUUUUACUCCGACUACGAAGGCAGAAGUUGGCCAUGACGAAAACAUGACAUUCGCAGAGGUGGAGGAGCUUAUUGGCAAGGAAAUGGCUGAGAAAGUCAGGGAUAUUUCUUACGGUGAUCAUCUUCAUAGUAAGUAUUUGCUUCAGAACAACUGUUGGGUUGAACAACAUGAAUCUUUGGUUCCCUCCAUAUCAACAGCAUGCAGGGACAAAAAUUUUCAGCACGUCUUCUAAUCUCUCUUCAAGCUUUUCCAGCGUGGCUCUGAGAAAAUGGCGGAAAAAGGCCUCAUCCUCAUUGAUACCAAGUACGAGUUCGGGCUUGACGAGAGUGGCGUGUUGCAUGUCAUCGACGAAGUCAAUACACCCGAUUCCAGUCGCAUGUGCGGUAUCGAGGAAUACGGCAGGAAAUGGCAAGAAAUCCAAAAGGCAGUGACUAGUGGUGAAGCUGGUGACCCUUUUGUUAAGGCUCGGUGCAAUGCCAAUUCAUGUCCAACGGUUUUACUGUCACCUCCUGUUUCCUUCUAUCUCAGGACUCUGAAGGGAAGAACUGAAGGGCAGAAGGGCAGAAGUGUUGAAUUGCUUUGCGCUCGUCUAACUUUACCAAGUACAAAAUCAAGGAGUACUCGAAGCAAUACGUGCGUGAUUGCCUACUGGAAAUGGGGUUUACCGGAAAUGAGAAAGAGAAGAUCAAGCUCACGCCAAUGCAGGUGGUGGAAUGCAGCUAUAGGUAUAAUCAUGCUGUGUCGUGAAAGGACGCAAUCCUGUCGUGUUAACAUCAUCAUCAAACUUUUCCUCCAUAUAUGAAACCUACUAGUACACAUGCUCGACAAGAAAAGAUCAUGGGUUUUGGAACAACAACAUUUCACAUACAUCCAUAUGUCAAACCUAGCACCACAUCACCCACCACGGCCUCCACAGAUACAUCUCCGUCUUUGAGCAAAUCACGGGACAUGCGUUUCCCUGGGAAACGUUUCUGCCGGCAGAGAACCCGGAAAAGCGUGUGGUGAGGAAUCUGCAACGUGCGAAGCUACUGGGUCCAGGUGUCGUUUUGAUCUUCGCAGGCAGUGGCUCAGAUGCGCCACAUCUGAAGAAAAUCGAAGAGAGCUGCUACAGAGUCGGGCUUUCAGCUGUGCAUACGAGGAUCUGCAGUGCGCACAAGCAACCAGGCAAAUUGGAGGAUGUUUUGAACAGGUCUUUCUAGAGACACAACAAUUGAUAAGAAUAGAUACUUUGUUUCUUGCUCCCCUUCUUUUUCAGCGAAUAUCUAGGAAAAAUUACUUACUCCUGACCUCCUAUGUUAAACUGAUACAUCGAUCACCUCUAUAUUGACUCUCUCUGAUACUAACGCAACCCAGGUACAACCAAUCCGAGCAGAUGUGUAUCAUAGUCGGUUGUGCUGGCGGCACUGAUGCGCUUUCGGGUACAGCCAGUUUUCAUAGCAAGUUCCCGGUUGUCUCCUGUCCUCCAGACGGCCAUGUGAACCACACUUGCCUCACUAACCCACCGGGUAGCAGCAACGCAUUGAUUUUUAUGGUGGACGCUGUAUUAAGUACUUGAAGUUGAAGAUUUUGAUACUUGCUCAACAUCCUCGAGUUGUGAGAUGCAGAGUGACUCCCAUUUUUAUCAAGAGACACGUAAUGAAUAUACAAGCCCUUCCGCACGAAAAAAUUUCGUGCCUCUAACACAAACUCCGUCGGCAACGCUGCUCGUUUCUGCGCUCAAGUGCUUUCCCAGCAUGACGUGACGCGCUCUCUAUCAAAGAAGCUGCUAUCAGCGAACGAUGAUAAAGUUGCGGGACUCGUGAAAGCUGACACAGGCUUCGUAGACGAAGUGAAGGCGAAAAUCGCGGCGAAAGCAUGAUGACCUGUGAAAAAGCAAGGUCUUUGGUUGAAAUUUGAAUACAACAAAACCAUGUGGAGUACUAGAUAUUCUGAAAAAACUCACGGUUGCUUUUGUGCUAGGAUGAUUCUGAUAGACUAUUUUUAUAGUUGAAAAUAGGUAAGCAUAAGCACUACAACGACAUACAUUUCUUACUUGCGUAACAUACUUGUUGAACGACAUUUUGAGUUUUUGUUUGAUGCAAUCUAUCUUCUUAUGAUCCGCAUCAAAUACGAUAUUCCAAGAUCAUCAUCUUGUCUUGGACGUUUGCUAAAGUGAAGAAAACACUAGUCCAAUACUAUCGACGACGCAGAUAUCAUGGGAACUCCGGUGAGAAAAGCGAAGUAGAUGCUGGUAUUGGAGGCAAAAUGUAUAUUAGAAUUGUGAUGCAGUAGAUUUAUUUUCAAGAAUGAACAUAGGAUUCCUAUCUUCCUAGGAGUUAGGUGAACACACAUUUUUCACAUGAACAGUAAAAAAAUGCUUAGCAAAUAGAUAUCAAUUCGAGGUCGUAAUGUUAUCACUACAUACAAAGAAGUAUGAUGGCUUAUAAGUAGUUCGUUUGGUUCUUGUUGGUUUUACCAGUCGUUUUUAUAAGAAAAUAGCGAUACACCUGUGCUGAGAAAUGAGUAGUACAAGCACAACCACCAGGUUGAGCUACCUGUUGUCCUCGUCCCUGCAUUUUGCGUUGGAACAUUCUAACAAGGACGAGAUUCAUCUCUGGUUUUUUGCAAAAAACACCUAUUGGAUUGGAUUUCCUGUAGCAUGAGUGUCCGGACACGGACAGAUAAAAAGACGCAGUCUCAAUGAAUAAAUGUGGACUAACAAGCAAU